UAUAGCUCAGCUCCUCAUCCUCCCCCAAUUCACCUCCACACUUCCCCGUCUUUGUUUCUCCCUCUGGCUUUUGUGGAUUGUUUGACACUGGUGGUUCAGUUCUCUUCCUUUCUUAUCUUUCAUAGGUCUCUCCUUCUCCUCCGUCAAUCAACUGUCCUGGCUUUUUUCGCCCGCAUUUCCUCUCUGUUCUCUGGACAGCACACCAUGCCUCCCCAGCGGAAGCGGAAGUCGGAGAGCGCGUCCCUCGCCGAAGAGAGUGCCCCAGCUGCCAAGAGAGUUGCGCCAGAUACGCCAAACGACAGCGAGAAACGAAAGAGAGGUCGCCCCAGGAAGUAUCCCGAGGGUUCGACUCCCAAGCGCCCGGAUGGCCCCAAAAGAGGUCGCGGUCGGCCUCGUAAAGACCCCAACUCUGUCUCCACUCCCUCCAAGCCCAAGACACCCAAAUCGGAUGGCACUUUCGGCCGGGGUAGGCCUAGGAAGUCGUCGCCGAACUCGAAGCCGACAUUGACGCCUUCGCGGAACGGUACCAGCAAAUCGACCCCCAAACAAUCUAAAACAGAAUCGCCAGAAGUCAAGUCCGCUGCCUCAGCCAAGUCUACUGCGUCGGCCGAGUUGCCUACCCCAGUCAAGGCUACUUCGGGACCCUCGUACUGGUUGAUGAAGGCAGAGCCGGAGAGCCGUAUGGAGAAGGGUGUUGAUGUCAAGUUUUCUAUCGAUGAUCUCCGCGAACGCACGGAGCCAGAGGCCUGGGAUGGUGUACGGAACCCGUCUGCGCAGAGACACAUGCGGGCCAUGAAGAAGGGUGACCAGGCCUUCUUCUAUCACUCCAACUGCAGAGUACCCGGAGUUGCCGGCGUCAUGGAGAUUGUGGAAGAACAUUUUGUCGAUGAAUCGGCCUUUGAUCCUGCCCACCCCUACUACGACGCCAAGUCGAAGCGCGAGAAACCCAAGUGGGAAGCGGUCCGGGUGGAGUUUCGACGCAAAUUCAAGAACCUCGUGGCCCUGAGUCAGCUUAAGGAACACAUGGCUCCUGGAAAGCCGCUGGCGAACCUUGAGAUGCUGAAGCAGUCCCGGCUGAGUGUGUCGUCUGUGAGACCCGAGGAAUGGGAGUUCAUCUUGGGGCUUGCUGAAGAAGAGGAAGUCGAAGAUAAGGAAGCCGAGACGACCGAGACGCCUGAGGCGGCCGAAGCAAACGACGCCAAGGAAGCGACUGAAGCGACUGAAGCGACUGAGUCGACUGAGUCGACUGAGUCUCCUAAGGGCGACUCUACUGAAAAGCCCGAGGAAGCGCCGCAACCAAGCGAAUAAACUGGUAAACUUAUUGUAUGUCCUUUCAGAGCAGGUUGGGGGAUGAACUUUCGGGUCAUGGGUAACAUCACGUCGGUAAAGCCGGAUUUAUGUACAAUCAAUGGGCGUUUCUACAAGACAUUUUUCAUUUGUGGAUCCCAUGAUUUGUAAACUGUAAGAAGUGAUCCCUUGCUAUUGUGGUUGUGAAGCGAGGCAGCAUUUUGUCAAUCAUAUCAUGGAUGGCUGCUGGGGUUGCAGUCUCGGUUUUAUUGGCGUCUCCGCCGCAUCCGCGGUUGGAGUAGAUGGGAGACACUGGACAGCGAUGCAUACCCCAACACUGACGCUGAUUGGAUAUUCCCAAUGCAAACUGAGCAUGUACGAGUCGAGUCAAGACUCUGAGGGGGUUGCUUCUUGUCUUGGGGACUUUGCCAGACCCGAUUGUGAGUGUGAUCAAAGCAGACCA